UUUUCGCCGAUUCGGCCCGCGCGCACACGCGGCGCGUCGUCUCACGCACGCAUCGGUCUCUCUCUCUCUCUCUCUCGGUGACUCUUCCGCCGCCUGCGCCGCGGCGCGAGCCGCCAUGGCGAGGCGCGCGAGGCUCCGGCUCCGGCUCGUCCGCGCCCUCGCCACGGCCUCCGCGUCCGGAUCGCCUGCGGCGCCGCGGCCGGCGAGGCAAGCGGCGCCCUACCUGGCGGUGCUCCACCGCCGCGGGAGGGCGGAGGCGGCGGCGUGCCUGAACCGCCACCUCCGCCUGCUCCCGCUCGGGGAGGCGACCUCGCUCCUCGACGCGCUCCCGUCCGUCCGCGACGCCGUCUCCUACAACACCGUGCUCACCGCGCUCUGCCGCCGCGGCCACCACGACCGCGCGGGCGCGCUGCUCCGCGCCAUGUCCCUGGAGCCCCACCCGGCGUGCCGCCCCAACGCCGUCUCCUACACCGUCCUCAUGCGCGCGCUCUGCGCCGACCGCCUCGCGGACCAGGCCGUCGGGCUGCUGCGGUCCAUGCGGUCCGCCGGCGUCCGCGCCGACGUGGUCACCUACGGCACCCUCAUCCGUGGGCUGUGCGACGCCGCGGAAGUGGACAAGGCCGUGGAGCUGAUGGGCGAGAUGUGCGAAAGUGGCAUCGAGCCUAACGUGGUGGUGUACAGCUCUUUGCUCCAAGGGUAUUGCAAGUCUGGGCGGUGGGAGGAUGUAGGCAAGGUGUUCGUGGAAAUGUCCGAGAAGGGAAUAGAGCCGGAUGUGGUGAUGUACACUGGGUUGAUCGAUAGCCUUUGUAAAGUGGGGAAGGCAAAGAAGGCGCACGGGGUGAUGGACAUGAUGGUGAGGAGGGGGUUGGAGCCAAAUGUGGUUACGUACAACGUGCUCAUCAAUUGCAUGUGCAAGGAAGGUUCAGUGAAGGAGGCAAUCGGUGUGCUGAAGAAGAUGUCCGAGAAGGGAGUGGCGCCGGAUGUUGUGACAUAUAACACACUGAUCAAGGGGCUCUCGGAUGUGCUCGAGAUGGAUGAAGCAAUGUGGUUGCUUGAGGAGAUGGUUCGAGGUAAGAAUAUAGUUAAGCCUAAUGUGGUGACAUUCAACUCGGUUAUACAGGGCCUUUGUGAUAUUGGUAGGAUGAGGCAAGCGUUCCAAGUCCGUGCGAUGAUGGAAGAGACUGGGUGUAUGGUUAACUUGGUGACAUACAAUCUGCUGAUUGGUGGACUCCUUAGAGUCCACAAGGUAAGGAAGGCUAUGGAGCUGAUGGAUGAGAUGACUAGUCUAGGGCUGGAGCCUGAUUCAUUCACCUAUAGUAUACUGAUAAAGGGUUUCUGCAAAAUGUGGCAAGUUGACCGUGCAGAAGAUCUUUUAUCUACAAUGAGAGAUCGUGGGAUAGAACCUGAGCUAUUUCACUAUAUUCCUUUGCUUGUAGCCAUGUGUGAACAGGGUAUGAUGGAACGAGCGAGGAAUUUGUUCAAUGAAAUGGACAACAACUUUCCACUAGAUGUGGUUGCAUAUAGCACUAUGAUCCAUGGUGCUUGCAAAGCAGGGGACUUGAAAACUGCAAAAGAGUUGCUUAAGAGCAUAGUUGAUGAGGGACUGACUCCUGAUGCUGUUACAUAUUCUAUAGUAAUCAAUAUGUUUGCUAAAUCUGGAGACAUGGAGGCGGCAAAUGGUGUGCUUAAACAGAUGACAGCAAGUGGCUUUUUGCCUGACGUUGCCGUAUUUGAUUCACUGAUCCAAGGUUAUAGCACAAAAGGAGAGAUAAACAAGGUUCUCGAGUUAAUUCGGGAAAUGAUAACAAAGAAUAUAGCACUUGAUUCAAAAAUUAUUUCCACUCUUUCCACUUCUCUGGUUGCAAGCAAUGAAGGCAAAGCAUUGUUGCAGAGCUUGCCUGAUUUCAGUGCAGAAAUAUCAAAAGGCAACAUCAAUUCACCCCAGGAGUUAAUGAAAGUGUUGCAUAAUGUGUGCCCCCAAACAAAUUAAACCUGGUGUUGAGCCUCUUUCAUGUUCUCCUGCGCAGGCUAUAUCAUUCAAAGCUCCCAGCAAUCAGCAAUUGCACAAGAGAGCAAAACUAAAUCUGGGUACAUUUGCCGGAUCGUUGGCUAGCUGGAGUCAUCGAAAUUCACAGGCAAAUAUGAUCAUUUGCCACUCUUUAGAUUGCCACCUGCCACCCAGUGAGGCUGUGACAAUGACACGGGGGGUCGAUGACAUAUGGGCUAGGAUGGAAAAACAUCAAAUUCCCAAUCUAAGAGUAGCAAAUCAUCAAUUUUGGGAUGAGGAUUUAGGAUAUAGCAACUUGCAAGUAUAUAGGAGACAGGAAGUCCAUGUCCAGCAAGUAUCAGAUGGGCAUGAUUCACGGCAGUACGGAUGACUAUUUUCAAGGGCUAGCAUGAUACCAGCAUCAAAGGCCAGGAAGCAACGAACUUGAAAGUUUCGUUUCAAACUCGAUAAUGACAUGCUACUGUGUCAUCUGCUGCCGACAUCUCCAUGGUCUUGGUGCCAGAGCUGGACUUCACCUGCUCGGGUCCUGAAGAGGUGGCAUCUGUGCUUCCAAGGGCUUGUUCUCCAUUGAUUGAUCUAGCGUGUAUGCAGCCUUUUCUAACUGGGAUUAAGAGUUGAGAUUGUUUUUCUUGUCCCUGGUAUUGUUAAUUUGAUACGCAAAUUAUUUUGACGUUGUAGUGGUAUGGCAAAAAGUAUCUCUUUUACGGUACACAAA